UGAGAUCUAUUACAAGUCCUCGCGUGUCCCAGAGAAACUCACACCAGCCUCUCCUUCUCUCGUUGUGUGCAGCGUAGGCUCGCUGCUCGCCGGCGCCUUGGCCGGCCAUGGCCAAAUCUUCUUGACAUGGUCGAGCGUCUCUACUCAAGAUGCAAGAUCGGUUCUGAGAUGAUCAGAUCGAGUUUGUGGGGAAUGGGUCUCUCACCUGUUGUAUCUAUCUCGCACGGGAUGUCUGUUUGGGUGGUGCUCUCUCUUCUCAUGUGGCGGUGUUGUUUACAUCUUUCCUUUUUUUUUCUUCGCGGUUCUGGGAGCAUGAGUGUCUGUCAGGCUCGUCGCCGAGAAGCCGAGAGGGCUUCUCGAUCGAGUCCUAUGUCUAGUUGUGAGUCUUUGAAAGAGCCAGGAUGUUCACGCCUCUUUCCCUGCCUUUGUCAGAUAUGGUUUGUCUCCCCCCACCGCAUGUUGCAGUGGAAGAUCGAUUUCUGUUCUAGUGUCUGAGGAGGUGUAUAGCACAUCGGCUGUUGGCACCUGGUGAAUGUCCCUGAUUGAGUUUCUUUUCCUGACGUCUCUGGGUUGUCACUCAGUUCUUUGGUCCGGAGAAGGUCACUUCAUCGAUCAAGCGCCCUCUCGAAUCCUUGCCGUAGAGGCUGUGAACAUGCUUUGAGCGGAGAUGGUGUGUUUUCGCGACGGCGGGCGUCCUGAUCACUGUUUUCCCCACUGUAGUACACCAUCGCACGGUGACACAUCUUCUGAUGCGUUUCAUGAUGUCGUCCAUGGUAUUCCUCUCGGCGGGCUUGGAAGAGAUGGAGGAUAGUAAGCUAUCGAGUAAGCAUUUGAAACACAGAUGUUGUAACUAUAGUAGGAGACAGUCUGGCUGUGGUGAAAGGAAUAAAAUACCUGGCUGGCUGUGUGGGAGAGGAUCUUGCCCUUAUGGGUGCGCUUACGGGGCGGAUCCUAUGAUGAAUAAAGGAGGGGGUCUUACCCCGUGUUCUGGUUGGGAGGGAUUAUUCCCUCCCGCGUGGGUGUGCCGGUGUUAGCGUGUUCAAGCAUGGUGAUGAUGGCAACUCGUCACAUGUCUACAUGGUACUGGGUGAAUCACGUGUCACAAGUGACUAAACAAUCGUCCAUCUGCAUCUUCGUUUGUCAGUAGAGAAUCGUACAACCGAUAAACUAUCGAGCGACAACGGAGGUAAUAUUGCAUGUCACAUCAGUUUGUUGGGUGCAUCUGUUUGGGCUUCGAGUGGCAUGUAGGGGCGCAUUAGCAACUUCAAAACAGCUGGAUGUUUUGUCGUAAAACUUGCAUCACUUGCAUCCAUCAAGAGAUUUUUCAUGAAUUGCACAGACAAUACUUCAGAGUGAAAUGCAUUCAUUGGGUCGGAUGACGUCGACAGCGGUGCAUCAUCAUCGAACGACAGCUGUACCUUGCUCCAUGGUGAAAGGAAAUGGUCACAAGGAAUGAAUAGUGAAUGGUCCAGUGGAACGUAAGCAGCUGGAACCUUCGUCCUGAAUAAGUUUGGAGGUGCUGAGAAGUCACGAUGGUUUGUCCCGAGUUGCGUGGUGGUCAUUCCAGAUCUGUACGCCCCCAUUCAACCGUUAUGCUCCAUCACAGGAAUGUUCCAGCUGCACGAACUUGACGCAUGAAACUCGACAUGCCUGCUUUGUCGUAGCCUUGACCUGAAAGGUUGGCACGCACAUCAGUGCAGUAGAGUUCCCAUCACAACAAUUGAUGCUGACACAAUUACUAACCACUGUCAUCUCCGUGGAGUUUCGGUUUCCAUCAUGGGGUAAGCUUUUUUGUUUUGAUUGCUAGUCUUUGCAAGCUAAAGAAAUCGUGGACAGGGAUCAGCGUGCGAAAGUUUCUCAUUUGACGUAGCCUGGUGCAGCGCAAAUUUGUUAGGAAACCAGACACUGCACUCGAUAUUGCUUACAUGUAUGUUAAGUUCGAAAUGUGUCGAUCAUAAUGCGUGGUUGAUUCAUAUUGUUUUGUGCUCCAAAAUACCCCCGGAAUAAGAAAAUAGCAAUCUAUGGGGAAGAACUGCAGGAAGUAAGGGAAACAAUCUGGACUCUUCGAGCUGCAUUCAACACUUAUCAGUUGACCGCGAGCCUCUGAAGAUUGCUCCAUCCGCAAGGUUUAAGGCUCACUACAAUUCCAUACCCCUUCUCCGCUUCAAAUGGCUAUAUUCUCGACAUACAUUCGCUUCGCUUCCACUCGUACAUAGUUUCCUGCCAAAGCUUCGUAUGGAAAAAUUGUCUGUUUCACUCUUUAGUCCUUCUGUGUGCUCUGCUUUGUGUGCACUUUUUUCUAUCUAUUUAUUUCCACUUUGAGCGUAAUAUUAUCUGCACAAAACUUUUCUGUUUACUAAGAGUGCAAAUUUGCACCAAUGGGUUGGAUGUGAACCCAUGUAGAAAAGGUAGAACAUUUAAUGUUCGCCGAAGAUAGGAAGAUAGAUAUGUAGUAGCGUAAGUAGACUAUUCAUUAGAUAGAUAGAGCUAACGAUUUGACAGUCGUCGUGCAGUCAAAGUUGCACGAUGUACAGUUCAGUGAGGUAGUAUCCAAAGCUUCUAGAAUUUGACAGUAAAUCGGAAUUUUCACUGCAUAUAUUUGUGGAAAUGGUUUAUCUGUCAGGAAUGAAAUACACGGAAAUUCUCAUGCCCACUAAAUAACCUCUGCCAAUCCGAUAUAUCGGUUUGUCUGAGGAUACGGUGCUUCGUGUGUGGAGGAAUAUUUCACAAUCAUUGAAUUUGCCCACAGCAAGUAAAGUCGCAUUUGUUCGUCACCGUUUUUCAGUAAG